AUGGUUUCAAGCUCCGCAAUGGCAAGAACAUACGGAGACAAGCCGUCGACUUCUUCGAUGGAAGAAGACUUGGAAAUCGAGGUGUCAAUGAGAAACGCAUCAAUCAUCGACCAUCAGUAUCAAUCGGAGCAACACAAGGAUCAUAAAGUGCUUAACGCGUUCAAUCCAACGGAUAAGACGUCAUACUCCGAUAUGAUUCAUAUUGACGUGCCGGAUACACGGACACUGGUGGAACGAUCAGAUGGAGUUACUAAAUAUACGGCCUACAACAUCCACAUCAACGGCUGGUACCACGGAUCUGUUCGAUUCAGCCACUUAUAUGAAUUCGCGGAGCUCAUCAAGCAAAAAUUUUCCCAAAGAUACAAAGGUCCAGAGUUUCCAGCAAAAAAACUUUUCAAACUUGAUCCCAAGGCUAUAGAUGAGAGGCGGCAAAAAAUCGCGAAAUAUUUUCAAGCAAUGGUUCAACAUCCAGAAAUUGCAAGACACUAUAUUAUCGAGAAGAAAUUGCUGGGUUUUCAAAUUGAUUCCUUCCGCGCAACUAGUCAAUAUGUAUCACUAGACAUUUAUCUUGGAAAUGGAGAAAAGACAACUAUCAAGUGUUUGGUGUCGGAUAGCACCAUGGAAAUAAUGAGGAUACUGGCCGAGAAACUGGGUUUUCACAACAAAGAUGAAUUCAUCUACCAUUUUGGUUUGUUCAUGGGAAAAGGAAGAGAUCCAACUGUUGCCUGCUAUUCGGUGACUCCGGACAACUUUAACCCGUUGUUAACCAGGUUUCUUCGAAACUUUGAAUCUCCAUUCGUCUCACUGAGCACUGCCAACCAGAAGUACAAUGAGAACGGACACUAUAAUUUCUUAUGCAUAAGGAAACUCAUUUGGGAUACACGCAUCGAAGAGUCAAUUCUGGAUGAUGGAGUGUUCGUGGACAUGAUUUACAGACAAGCAGUGCAAGACUACAAAAACGGGAAUUUGGCGCCAAUUAAAGAUGAUUUGGAGUACAAAAUGAAGCAAUGUAUGCAGAGAAAUGACAAAAUAAUGUUCCUCCGAAACUGCCAUCUUCUUCCAACCUACUCCUACGAAAUUCUCUCCCCUUGCUCCUGCGACUACCCAAAACCAGGAACUCCAUGUGAAAUCAAAUUCGGCCGACGACAAGUCGUGUUAACUACACAAGACGAAUUCGGAAACCCUAAGACCAGUCUAUUCCGCGCUACUCGAAUCCGAGUUUGGAGGAUCACACAAAUAAUGGAGAAGAUUUCCUUCCAAUUCGAGUACCUGAUGGCCAAAGACACUUUUGAGUGGAUUACUCUGGACACUGAUCAGGCUAUUUUGAUGUCACUGCUUCUGCAAUCGAUUGGCUCUGAGAUUCUAUAUGAGCAUAACAAUAUGACGAUUGAGCAGCAGGUGAUGAAAGAAAAGCAAUCAAAAGGAAACUAUGUGGAAAAGACUAGUAAACUUCCGAGAGAUCCGAAAAAACCAAUCAUCGUUUUGAAAAAUGCGGUCGAAGAGACGGAUCCAUUGGGAGUCAUGGAACAUUACCACAACUACAACAGGAUGUUAACAACAAUUUCUGACGGCAUUCCUCAACGAAACCAAGCGUUCACCGACAUCACCAAUGAUGACUUAUAA